CCGCGCAAUGCGAGCUGAAGCUCCGAGUUUCUAUUAAAUGAACACACAUCUGUCUGAACUCUCUUCAGUUUCUGUGCCCUGGGAUCUGUUCAGGAUGACGCCUCUCCUCUGCAACGCCUGCCUCAUCUUGCCUGUUGCUUUACAUCUGCUGCUUGUCCCCAGUCCAUGCUCUGCUGCAGCCACAAAGAAGUGCAGCUCCAUCUAUAAAGGGUUUGCCCAGUGUCUGCUUGCCCUAGGAGACAGUCUGUCUGUCAGCUCCCAAAAAGACGAGGAUACGCAGGAGAUCGACUCUAUUUGCAAAUCCUGGGAUGAUUUUCAUGACUGUGCAAAUGUGGCCAUGGCCGGCUGCCCCGAGGAAGCUGCUGUGGUGUGGGAGUCUCUGAGGCAAGAGUCCAAAAAGAUGCAGUUUUCCGGAAACCUUUAUGAGAUGUGCUCCAGUCGUAGCCAAUCAGCAGCUGCCUCGGAUUCCCAAAGCCCCGAUGAAACCAAUCAGGAGUCGUUAAAGGGACGUGCUAGUCAUACAAGCCUGACCUUUCUGACCUUCUGUUUGCCUGUACUACUACUGUUUCCAUGGAUGUGAUCGCAUCUCAAGACUCAGCUCCGAGUUCAAAUAUUCAGCACAUAGACAACGAUACCGACUGGUUUGGUUCUGACAUUUUCAUGUAGUAGAAUAAGAUAAGUUUUAUGCUUCAAAUCAAAUAUUUUCAGAACAAACAGAAUGCAAUUUCCACAUAAAGGAUGCUUGUUUUCAACAAACAUGUUUUCAGGUCUAAACGCUUGCUUUUAUUUAAAAUCUUCUAAAAAUAGCAAACUUCAUUUUAAGCACAAUCAAGGCACAAAUUUCAUUCAUAGGAGGACCAAAAUGCACCUCAAAUGACUCCAGGCCUGAUGAGGACGGAUAAAAGAUGGCGGAAGACAAUUCCAAACAUUUGAAAUGAAGGGCGAAUGCAAUAGAGUAUCAAAGCAAUGUAAAGAGCCCUCAAAAAUGUUAUUAUUUCACUCUGUGAACAUUCUUCUUUUUUAGGAUCCUGAGAGGAUUAAGUUUAAGGGUUACAUCAAAUAAAGUAAAUCUAAGCAACACGGCUCACCUACAGGCUUUGGAACAGGCUUGUCAGACGUCGUUGCGGUCUAAAGUCUGAAUGCCUUUGGCUGACGGUUUAAACCCAGUUUAUUAAUCACGGGUUCGUUGAUUCAGUUUAACGAACAGCACAACAUUUUGCUCCAAGGUGUUUUUGUUCUAGUCUGAAUCAGUUUGGAACUGCUCUUCAUUUGAUGUUGGUCAGAGUACUGUGUAUAUAUUGUAUAGUUUUAAAUUAUACAUACCUCAUAUUUACAUUUUUAGUUUUUCAGAUAUGUGUAUUUGUAAUAACACAAGAAAUGAUGGAUCAGCUUAAAAAAAUCAUGAUGGUACAGUAAUGUAAAAAUGACCGAUAUGCUGUAAAGAUGAUCUUUAUGUAAAUACGAAUGCUAUAUGAAACACGUGAUCAUUUAGUGCAUAAUGAACAGAUGAGGCAAAUCAAUGGAGGUGAACUCAUUAACAUCAAUAAGAUCAAAUUGUGUAUGAUUAACACCAUAAAAAUGAGCUUACAAUGUAUUCCUAUGGGUACAUGACUUUGUGUGUUUUUCCCGGAUCAGCUUUCAUUACUUCUACUCGAUGCUUGGCUCCGCUCCGCUCCGCUCAGGGGAUUCCUCAGUCAGUGUGAUUUAUGUUUAAUUUUUAGGCUUAAGUGGCAAUAAAUCAUGUUUGUCAAUGCAGUGAACUUAUUAAGGAGGGCAAAAACCAUUUAUUUACUUAGAAAAAACAAAAAAACAUUAAUAGGUGAGAGUUGUCACUUAUGUCUCUCUCUCUCUUUUUUUUUUGUGCUUUUGUGUUGUAGACUGACUAUCAACACACUAUCAACACAAUUUUCCAAAUUAAGUCAGUGAUCUAGUACAAUCUAAUGAAAAUAUGACUAAAUAACACAGUAAGGGCUAAUAUGUACAAAUUUCAAGUGUACAUCACUCCUUUCUACAUAGAGCAUUUUAAUAUCUCCUUUGUUUAUAAUCUUUAAUAAUAUAUGGAGGCAGUAAUAAUUUGCUUGAUAGUUGCAUUUCCUGAAUCAAAUGACAAACAGUUGUUUUCUCUUUUUAUUUUGAUAUUAUAUAUAUUGCUAAUUGCUCACCCAUUUGAAGUUGUCCCCUGAUGUCUACAAAAAAAUCAAAUAAAAUUGAAGACCAAUGAAUGGUCUUCUAAAAAUGAUCUCA